AUGAGGAGAGAUCAGAGAAGUCCAAAACAGGAUCCAAUUUUGAGUUCUCAAUAUGUUGUAUGCGAGGAAAGGUACAACUGCCGUUUUGAAGCACUUGAUCGGACGCUCAGGAAUCUUAUGUCAGUUACCGAUCAACAUAAGACACAUAAACCAUUUGGUGGUAAGAUUGUUGUUCUAGGAAGUGAUUUCAGACAGAUACUUCCGGUGAUUCCGAAAGGAAGUAGACACGAUAUAUUAGCAUCCGCUAUUAACUCAUCCCAGUUUUGGUCAUUUUGUAAGGUUCUGAAACUGCAUACGAAUAUGAGGCUUCUAAUGUCUUCUUUGGAUCAAGAUGAAGGUGAAAUGAAGAUAUUUGCUAAUUGGAUACUUGAUGUUGGAAAUGGAAAUAUUGGUUCUGUUGUUGGUGAUGAAUCAGAAAUUGAAAUUCCAGAUGAUUUAUUGAUUACAACUACUGAUGAUCCUCUCUCUCAUUUGGUAGACUUUGCAUAUCCAAAUUUGUUGCAAAACAUGUCAGAUUACAUAUAUUUUCAGAGUAGAGCAAUUCGCAAGUGUCGAGAAGGUAAAUGA